AUGCAGUCACUAGAAAAUGUGCUGAUAAACAACGACUUUAUUUACGAGACACGAGAAGAACCCGGAACAGAGAUCGUAACAGAGAUCUUCUUUCUUCAUCGGGACUCGAGAGUCAUGUGGCGUGCAUUCCCCCACGUCAUGAUGAUCGAUGCGACGUACAAGACAAACAUAUACAAUAUGCCCUUUAUCCAGAUUGUUGGUAUGACGCCUACCAACAAAUCGUUUAUUAUCGCGCAUGCCGUUGUUAGUAAAGAACGGGGUGAUAACUUUGUGUGGGUGCUUGAGAGGGUUAAGUCAAUGUUGGAUGAAUGUAUGGAGCCACGUGUGAUUUUAACGGAUAGAGACCUAGCCCUUAUGGGCGCGUGUGCUAAAGAUAUAGUUGAGACACAGUUCGGUGAAAUAAGGAAGACUUUUCGAGAAAGCAUCGAAAAAACAAUGAAACACCACAAACACCCGAUGUUUCAACACCUACUUGGAAAAGUAUCCCAUACAGCCCUUGACUUGUUGCAUGGAGAGGCAAUUAGGAAGCUAGAGGUCUUGGAGCGCUUUAAUUCAUCAUGUGGUUGCCAAAUGUGGCACAACUGUGGGUUGCCCUGUGCUUGUAGGAUAGAAAAGUACAUGCGUGAAGAGCGUCCAAUUCAACUCGAAGACAUAGACGUCUUCUGGCGGAAACUUAACUUCCAAAGUUGUAAAUUGAUAGACGACUCCGUUGACGUGGUCGAAGAGCUAGAUGUUGUUAGACAACAAUUACAGUCGCACCCCCCAGCUCAGCAAAAAAGCCUGCUUUCAAAGAUUAAAGCGGUGUUGACUCCAACGAAAUCUACCAAGAAACCACCGGUUGUCCAACAAAAUACUCGUGGCCGACCAACAACAAAGCAGGUACAAGAAAGGUUGGACGAGGCCUCUCGUAUAGAUGAAGAAUUGAGGAGAAGCUCCUUCGGUGAUGCAAACACGUGCUUUGAAGGUUCACGACAAAGUAAGUACGAUAAACCUCGCCACAGCUCGUACGUUCCGUCUCAGGCCUCACAACAGUCGGUUAUAAGGUCCCAAAAACCCAAAGCAAGCCUAAGUCGUUCAAAGAGUUCUAAGAAGAAAGAGACACGAGAUGAUCACGGUUUUCCUUUAAUCAUUGGGGACAAGUACGUGGGAAUCAUCGAACGGUUUAAGUCUGCCAUUCCGACAGUGUUCCAUCCGUACGUCUCGUGCAUACGAGAUGUGAUGCCGGACGGUCAUUGUGGGUUUCAGUCUGUGGCUGUGGGCUUAGGGAUGGAUCAGAGUUCAUGGGGGCUUAUUAGAAGGGACCUUGUCCAAGAAAUGGAUCAGAACGAAUCGAUCUGGUUCCCAAUAUUUGAAGCAUGGGCUGAAGGUUAUUUUUACACGCAUCGUCAGGGCCUAAUUUGGGAUUCAGUGGCCGGUUGUGGGGAGAAUCACUGGAUGGACUUCCCCUUUGCAGGACUUCUUAUUGCACAAACGUACGGUAUCGGGGUGCACCUGUUAACGACAACCAUGGGUGCGAGUUCCACUUACUUCCCAUUACUAAGUCCUCCGGCUAAUCAACAACCAUUAUUCAUAACACUUACACAUGUUAACGAGAACCACUUCAUACAUGUUAAGCUGGAAGGGGAUUAUCCUAUGCCACCAGCACACGGGCUAUGGUUGACCCACCGAAGACCCCAUACAGAACAAUGGGAAGAUAUGUACUUGCCACGUCUAGAAUGGUAUACAUCGAUAAUGAAUCCUCGGCCAAGAUCAAACCCCAGUCUUAAUUACAUAGAUAGUUAUACGGAAGAAUGA